AUGGCUUCCGCAAAGAGAAAACUGGCGGCCGAAGAGGCCUCGACCAAACGUGGAACCAAACGAUCCAAAUCCGACCGCAAGCCCGCGACCGUCGAUGCAUCUCCCAAGCCUGAUAAACCUGAUCAGAACCAGAAGCCAAAGGCGGCCUCUGUACUCACCAAAGAGCAACCCGCUUUCCCUCGAGGAGGCGCGGGCUUGCUGACUCCUCUAGAAAGAAAACAGAUCCAAGCCAAAGCCGUCCGUGAUGUUGCAAGGGAACAAAAGCAGGGCAAAGAUCUUUUCGGAGAAGAGGGCGACUCCUUGAGUGAUGACAGUGAUGAAGAGCUACUCUCAGAUGUUGAUACAGAAGUCAAGAAGCCUACCAAGAAGCAUCGGAAGAAGAAAGUGAAGUCUGGGGAUGCUGCUGCUUCUAGCGAGCCCGAAGUUCGAAUCGAAGGUCUCAGCUAUAAACGCAUAACCACAGGAUCUUUAAUCCUCGGUCAAAUCAUCUCCGCGAAUGCCAGAGCAUUGACUGUCGCCCUACCGAACAAUCUUGUUGGAUAUGUACCGUUAACCUCGAUUUCGACCCAGCUGAGCGACAAGAUACAAGGAUUGUUGGCUCAUAACGAUGAGAAGGACGAGACUAGCGACAGUGAAGAAGAUGAGGAUCAAGACAUUGCGCUCUCUAAUUAUUUCCGGGUCGGACAAUAUCUCCGAGUUGCGGUUACAGCCACUGAGCAGGACAAGACUGGGCCGAAAGCGUCCACACGAAAACGGAUCGAGUUGUCUGUCGAGCCUGCUUUGACCAAUGUCGGCAUCGAUCGUGCGAAUCUAGCAGUCGGUGCCGCGGUCCAAGUCGCUGUGAGCAGCAUCGAAGACCAUGGAUUGGUUGCUGACCUCGCUCUUGAAGAGCAAACAGUCCGCGGAUUCAUCCCAAAGAGCCAACUGCCUGUCAACCUCUCAUUGACGGACGUCAAGGUUGGCGCUGUCCUUCUCUGCAGUGUUAUUGAGCUCGGAUCCAAUAGCCGUGUCGUCAAACUUUCGGCGGAUCCGUCCAGAUGGGCGAUAUUGUCCAGCGCUCCUUCAGUUGACACGUUUCUUCCUGGUGCGAAGGCAGAGAUUCUGAUCGAACACAAGACGGAUGUCGGCCUGUCAGGGAAGAUCAUGGGUUUACUAGAUGUGACCGCCGACCUUGUCCACUCUGGCUCUUUCAAGGACAAAGAGGCAUUCCUGGCCAAAUUUGACAUUGGCAAAAAGAUCGUCGGACGAUUGAUUUGCACAUUCCCACUCUCCGAUACGAAGAAGCUGGGCUUCUCUGUCCUGGAUAAUUUGUUGGACAUGGAACCCGCCACGAACGUGGAUGCUCAGGCGGAUGGCAAAUUGUCUUUAUCUUCCAUUGUUGGCUCGGCAUCUGUGAUUCGUGUCGAGCCCGGCCUUGGGAUUUACCUUCAGCUGGCCCCCGAUAUUGUGGGCUUCGCACACAUUUCACGCUUGUCAGACGAGAAAGUGGACUCUCUGUCCGAAACAACUGGUCGCUUCAAACUGGGAUCCGAGCACAAGGCGCGGGUGAUCGACUACAAUCCUAUUGACGAUCUCUAUCUGGUGUCUCUCCAGAAGAAGGUACUUGAGCAGCCUUUCCUGCGGUUUGAGGAUGUCCCGCUGGGUGCGGUUGUCAAGGGCAAGAUCGAAAAGUUGCUUGUUGGUACACACGGCGUGCGAGGCUUGUUGGUCAGUCUUGCCGAGGGGGUUAACGCCCUUGUGCCGCAAGUCCACAUGUCCGAUGUUGAGCUCAAACAUCCGGAAAGAAAAUUCAGAGAAGGACAAACCGUGACGGCAAGAGUGCUCACGACAGAUCUGGUAAGACGACGUAUCAAGCUGACGCUGAAGAAGGCUCUGGUCAACAGCGAUCAGAAGCCUUGGUUGCGAUACGAGGAUAUCGAGAUUGGCGAUUCGACGGUCGGGACAUUAGCCAAAGUCGACCGGCUUGGGGCUGUUGUUCGAUUCUUCGGGCCCGUUCGAGCUUUCCUGCCAGUUUCCGAGAUGAGCGAAGCAUACAUCAAGGAUGCAACCGAGCAUUUCCGCGUUGGUCAGGUCGUGACGGUCAGUGCAAUCAGCGUGAAUGCGGCGGAGAGACGCCUCACUGUUUCAUGCCGGGAUAUCAACAAAUCCAAUCCAUCGAUCGAGUCUUCCCUGUCCACAUUGCAACCUGGGACCAUUGUCAAAGGUACUGUUUUCGAGAAAUCGCAGAACGACGUCUUGCUCCGACUAGAGGAAUCUGACGCGAUUGCACGGUUGACCAUGGACCAUGUGUCUGAUGGUUCCCCAAAGAAGAGAGAAUCCGCGUUUCAAAAGAUCCGAGUUGGUCAGAAGCUCGAUAACGUGCUCAUCUUGCAAGUGCUACCAAAGCGGAGAUUGGUUUUGGUCUCCAACAAACCGAGCCUGAUCAAAGCGGCUCAGGAAGGCACUCUCCUCAAGAGUUACGAGCAACUCCAACAGAAUGCCCUGGUGACUGGGUUCGUGUCCAACAUCACCAAGGAUGCCAUUUUUGUUGGCUUUGCGGGUGGAAUCAGCGGAAUGAUCACAAAAGCCAAUGUGCCUGUUGAGACGGAGCAAGAAGAAGAUUUUGGCAUGACCAAAUUCCAGUCUGUCACAGCUCGAGUCCUUUCCAUCGACUACAAGGGGGCUACGCCGCGAUUCUGGCUGACAAUGAGGGAAUCUCCCGUCAACAAUGACUCGAAAGCGGCCGCAGUCGAGACAGUCAAGGAAGUGGCACAACUCACCAAUCCUGUCGAUGCAGACCUUAAGACCAUCAACGAUCUUUAUGUCGGACGAGUCACCAAAGCUCGGAUCCUUUCGGUCAAGGAGACCCAAAUCAACGUGGAGCUGGCGAAAGACGUCCAAGGUCGUAUUGACGCAUCCGAGAUUUUCGAUGAUUGGAAAGACAUCAAGGAUCGCAAGCGACCUCUCAAGCAGUUCAGUCCGAAACAAGAAUUGACCGUCAAGCUACUCGGAGCCCACGAUACGCGGAACCACCGAUUCCUUCCACUGUCCCAUCGAAAUGGCAAGAACACUGUCUUCGAACUUUCGUGCAAGCCCAGCACUGUUGCAAGUUCCGACAAGAACAUCCUCAAAUUGGAAGAUCUGUCAGUCGGGUCAUCGUGGCUGGCAUUCGUCAACAACAUUACGGAGAACUGCCUGUGGGUGAAUAUCUCUCCAUCCGUGCGAGGCAGGAUCCGCGCCACAGAUGUGUCCGACGAUCUCUCGCUCGCCGGGAAUAUGGAGAAGAAUUUUCCCAUCGGGUCUGCCCUAAGAGUUCAUGUGCUCGCUGUUGAUCCUGAGAAGAUUCGCUUAGAUUUGACGGCCAGAUCGGAUGGUCUGGCCGGUUCCCUAACGAUCAAAGACAUUUCCAAGGGACUGGUGCUCCCUGGUCGUGUCACCAAAAUCAGCGACCACAACAUUCUGGUUCAACUGAGCGACCAGACGGUGGGUGCCGUGGACUUGAUCGACAUGGCGGACGACUACAGCGAAGCAAACCCAGCCCAGUUCCAGAAGAAUGAGGUCCUCCGAGUGUGUGUGCUCAGUGUGGAUGUCCCGAACAAGAAGAUACAGUUGUCUACCCGACCUUCCAAGGUACUCAGCUCGUCAAUCAAAGUCACCGACCCAGAAAUCACAUCUCUCAAACAACUUGCCGUCAACGAUGUUGUCCGAGGAUUUAUUAGCAAUGUGACGGAAAAGGGGGUAUUCGUCACUCUUGGACAUGGCAUCACCGCCUUCGUCCGGGUGGCCCAUCUGUCCGACAGCUAUUUGAAGGAUUGGCAGGACCAGUUCCAGCGCGACCAACUGGCGAAAGGAAAGAUCAUCAUGGUCGAUGAGGCAUCUGGUCACGUGCAGAUGAGCUUCAAGGAAUCGGCACUGGACCCGAAUUACAAGGCACCGCUUACAUUCAACGAUCUGCACGUGAGGGAGAUCGUAACUGGCAAAGUCGUCAAGGUCGAGACCUUUGGCGUCUUCAUCCUUGUCGACAACUCGGAGAAUGUACGUGGACUGUGUCAUCGCAGCGAAAUAGCCGAGCAACGGGUGCAGGAUGCAACCAAGCUAUUCCAGGAGGGCGACACGGUCAAGGCCAAAGUGCUCAAACUUGAUCCGGCCAACCGAAAGGUCAACUUCGGCAUGAAAGCGUCCUACUUCACUGAUACAAAUGAGAGCGACGCAGAAAGCGAAGCCGGGUCGGACGAAGAAAGCAUUGGAGCGGGUGGCGCGCCGCUUGAUCAAGAUGAAGAUGACGACGAAGAGAUGCACGAUGCGGAUGAUAGCGAAGAAGACGAGGCUGGAUCGGAGCACACGGACACCGAUGACGAGGACGCAGAAAGCGCCGACGACACGGACGACUCUGACGCAAGCGAGGAAGACGAAGAGGUCGAAGCCACCACUACUGUCCCUGCAAGCAGCAAAGGUCUCAGUGUGGGCGGGUUCGACUGGUACGGAAUGUCAGCUGCACCCAGCACGACCGCGACCAAACGAGCAGCUGAAGCGUCCGACUCCGAAGGCGAAGCGGCCAGCAAAGCCCCGAGGAAAAAGAAGAAGCGCGCCGAGAUCCAAGUCGACCGAACGGGAGAUCUGGAUGUCGAUGGCCCGCAAUCCGUCGACGACUUCGAGCGCCUCCUCCUCAGCGAGCCGGACUCGUCCCUGCUCUGGCUGCAAUACAUGGCCUUCCACCUCGAACUCGGCGACGUCGAACAAGCACGACAGAUUGGCGAACGGGCGCUCAAGUCGAUCGGACUGGGCCAAGAGGCGGAGAAACUGAACGUCUGGAUCGCGCUGCUGAACUUGGAGAACGCGUACGGCGACGAAGAGACGAUCGAAACGACAUUCAAACGCGCCUGCGAAUAUAACGACCCCGAGGAGAUCUAUUCGCGGCUGACCAGCAUCUACAUCCAGUCCGGCAAACACGACAAAGCGGACGAGCUGUUCCAACGGAUGCUGAAGAAGUUUGCCCAGGACCCCAAAGUGUGGAUCAACUAUGCCACGUUCCUGUUCGACAGCGCGGGCGACGCCGAGCGCGCGCGCGCCCUCCUGCCGCGGGCGCUGAAGACGUUGCCGAAAUUCACACAUUUUGACGUGACCCUGAAAUUCGCCCAGCUGGAAUUCAAGUCGGCGCGAGGGCUGGCGGAACGGGGCCGCACCAUCUUCGAGGGCCUGAUCAGUUCGUUUCCGAAACGGGUGGACCUGUUCAAUGUCUUGCUGGACCUGGAGCUGAAGCAGGGCGACCAGGAGCAGAUCCGGGCGCUGUUUGAGCGCAUCUUCGCUGGGAAGCUCAAGCCGAAGCAGGCCAAAUACUUCUUCAAGCGCUGGUUGGCGUUUGAGGAGGCCGAGGGAGAUAAGCGUCGGGUUGAGGCCGUCAAGGCUCGGGCGGCCGAAUGGAUCCGCGCUGCGGGAAAGUCAGAGGUGGAUGUUGUUUGA